AUGGGUAACUGUGCCAUCAAGCCAAAGGUUCUCAAAGAUACCGAUGACGAUCUCAUUCCCGUUGAUCGAGACACGACGGUUCAUAAAAAGGCAAAGGAGGAAAAGAGCAAGAACAAUGCUCUAACCACGGUGGAUGAAGAAGCGGCUGCGGCACGACGGAGCGAGAAAGGAAAAGAGAUUUUGAUUGAAGAUGAUGUGGAGGAUGAACUCAGCAAACGCCAAUCUCUCAGUCUCUUGUUUCAUGAGGACAAGGCAAUAGUAAAAGAACUAACGGGUCAUUCUCCGGCAAAACCAGUGAAUAACAACAACAAAAGUGAUGUUUCAUCAGAGGUUUCAAAGCCUAAUGAUGCUCCGGUUAUGAUGGCUUCUAAUGUAAAAGAUCCAGAAACCUUUGAUGUUCAGACUCGAGAUGACCUUCACGUCAAUAUUCCAAAAGAUUCAAAGGUUAAGACUCCUGAAACGCCUAAAGCUAAAGAAGCUGAAGAGCAUGAAGUUAAUUAUUCAGAGAAUUGGGAAGUUAAGUUUCCAGAGGAAUCAUCAGAAGCUAAGAAAACAUCUAAAGCUCCCAAGGUUUCUGUUCCUAAAUUGCCUGAAGUGAAGGUUACAAAAGAGCCAGAGGUCAUGGAAGAUAAGAAUGUUUCAAAAGUUUCUAAAGUUUCUUCUCCUCCUAAAUUGUCUGAAGUUAAGGCUACAAAAGAGGCAGAUGUUCAUGAGGUAUUGGAGGAUAAGAAUGUUUCUAAAGGUUAUGCUCCUCCUAAUAUGUCUGAAGUUAAGAUUACAAAAGAUUCAGAUGUUCAUGAGGUGUUGAAGGAUAAGAAUGUUUCAAAAGCUUAUGAAGUUGAUGCUCCUCCUAAGGUUACAAAAGAGGCACAUGUUCCUGAGGUGUUGGAGGAUAAAAAUGUUUCAAAAGUUAAAAAAGAGUUAGAUGUUCCUGAAGUCUUGGAAGAUAAGAAUGUUCCAGAGGUUUCUAAAGGCAAGACUAAUAAAGUUAAAGCUGCAGAGACAGAACUUCUAAAGGUUGCUGAGGUUAAAUCUUCUAAAGAUUUAGAGAUUAAAGUUCCAAAAGAUUUUGAAAAGAAGACUCUUGAAACAUCAAAUGUUAACGUUGGAUCAGAUUUGAAGACUUCUGAAACAAGGAACGUCAAGGUUGGAUCUGAAGUUAAGACUGAUCAAGAAGCACCUAAAGUUGAGAGUGUAAAAGAAACAGCUCAAGAGAAGAUUGAUAGAUCUGAAGCUCGGAUUCUUGAGGACAUUAAACUCUCAGAAGAGAAUAUGGCUGUGACGGCUAAGGCAGAGGAAGAAGGAAAAAAAGCUUUGUCUUUUGAGAAGAAAGUCAAAGGAGUUACACUGUCUGAUUUAGAUAACAAAUGAGUUACAAGCAGGGAGAGGCAGAGAAAUUACGUAAUAUGUUUUUGUCUUAAAUUAUGGAGAUUAGUUUUCUAAUUUUAAUGUCUCCAAGAU